CUCGAACCAACAUGAAAAUAUCUAUUUAUAGCACUUUUUCAUAUUUAUUCGAACAAGUUUAGUCAGCAUCCAAAAAAAUGGCAGAAGAAAAUAAUUUAAAUAAUUCUAAUUCCAUGUCAAUUGAAGAAUGGGAGAAGAAAGAGGAAGAUUAUAAGAAUCAAAUUGCUAAUUUGAGAAAAUUGAAUGAACGAUUGAUCAAUUAUAGUGAGGAAAAGGCAAAGACUUUCGAGCAUGAUCUCCAAAAAUUACAAAACGAGAAGGAUGUUAUUCAGAAGCGUCUUGAAAAAAUGGAAUUAGAUGAGCUGAAGGAAGCAGCAAGUGGAUCAUCGAAAAAUAUUGAAGCUUUUAAGGAAAAGUAUGAUAAAGUUCUCAAAAAUGCACAAGAUCUUCUUUUUGAGAGACAGAAAAGUAUAAAAUCACUGGAACUAAGAUCGGAGGCUCAGCAUAUACAAAUUGAAUCAUUGAAAGAUGUGAUUGCAUUGACUAAAGAUAUGCUGUUGAUUAGAGAAGUUGAAGUUCGCGACUUGACAGAAAGAAUGGAAGCAAUGGAUGCAAAGUUUAAGGCUGAAAAGGAUAGAAAAGCUUUAAUGGUGAAGAAAAUGGAGCUUUCAGAUCAAUUGAAUGCAGAUUUAAAGGCAGAGUACAAAGCUCAAAAGGAGAUCUUUAAUAUAUUAAAAGAUCAGUAUAAGAUAAAAGUCGCAACGUUAGAGGAAAAACUAAAGAGUUCAACUUUAAACGAGAUUGAUGAUCAACAUCCUCAACAACCUUCAUAAUUGACAAUUAAGCUUUUGAUAUGUAACGGAUUAUUCUGAAAUAUUUAAGCAGCCAUAAUAAACAAGUGUACUUAAAAUUUACCUUAAUGCUAAAAAUGAAUAAAUUUUGAAUCUUUUAAA